GUGUGUUUGUUUCCUACCGGACGCAUGUAGUAGCUACCAUAAGACAACGGGAAGAGAUUUUGAAUUUUUUUUAAAGAUUUAACUUCAAGUGGAAUUUUUUCCCUCCCUCAAGAUGUCUCGGGGCUCUAUUGAGAUCCCUUUACGGGACACAGAUGAGGUUAUUGAGCUUGACUUUGACCAGCUGCCAGAAGGAGACGAGGUCAUCAGUAUCCUGAAGCAGGAACAUACACAGCUUCACAUAUGGAUCGCUUUAGCGCUGGAGUACUACAAGCAGGGCAAAACAGAAGAUUUUGUCAAGCUUUUAGAGGCAGCUCGUAUCGAUGGAAACCUGGACUACAGAGACCACGAGAAGGAUCAGAUGACCUGUCUGGACACAUUGGCAGCUUACUAUGUCCAGCAAGCACGUAAGGAGAAAAACAAAGAUGCCAAGAAAGAGCUCAUCACACAAGCUACGCUGCUCUAUACGAUGGCAGACAAGAUCAUCAUGUAUGAUCAGAACCAUCUGUUGGGAAGAGCCUGUUUCUGCCUGCUGGAAGGAGACAAGAUGGACCAGGCUGACGCUCAGUUCCACUUUGUCCUCAACCAGUCCACCAACAACAUCCCUGCUUUACUAGGUAAAGCCUGCAUCUCCUUCAAUAAGAAGGACUACAGAGGAGCUCUGGCAUACUACAAAAAGGCUCUACGUACAAACCCUGGCUGCCCAGCCGAGGUGAGGUUGGGGAUGGGCCACUGUUUCGUGAAGCUCAGCAAACUGGAGAAGGCUCGUUUGGCUUUUGAUCGAGCCCUGGAGCUCAAUUCCAAGUGUGUAGGAGCUCUUGUCGGUCUGGCGGUUUUAGAGCUCAACAGCAAGGAAGCGGAUUCCAUCAAGAAAGGAGUGCAGCUCCUUUCACGGGCCUACACCAUCGACCCCAGCAAUCCCAUGGUGCUCAACCACCUGGCCAACCACUUCUUCUUCAAAAAGGAUUACAGUAAAGUGCAGCAUCUGGCCCUCCACGCUUUCCAUAACACAGAGGUCGAAGCCAUGCAGGCCGAGAGCUGCUACCAGCUAGCUCGCUCAUUUCAUGUGCAGGAGGACUACGACCAAGCGUUUCAGUAUUACUACCAGGCCACUCAGUUCGCCUCGUCUACCUUUGUGCUGCCCUUCUUUGGCCUUGGUCAGAUGUAUGUGUAUCGAAGAGACAAGGAGAACGCGGCACAGUGCUUCGAAAAGGUUUUAAAGGCCUAUCCCAACAACUACGAGACUAUGAAAAUUCUGGGGUCUCUGUACGCAACAUCUGACGAUCAGGAGAAGAGAGACAUCGCCAAAGGUCAUUUGAAGAAGGUGACAGAGCAGUACCCAGAUGAUGUGGAGGCGUGGAUAGAGCUGGCUCAGAUCCUGGAGCAGACUGACAUUCAAGGGGCGCUGUCAGCAUACGGCACAGCCACCCGUAUCCUGCAGGAGAAGGUGCAGGCUGACGUUCCCCCUGAGAUCCUUAACAACCUGGGGGCUCUUCACUUCAGACUGGGCAACCUCGGAGAGGCAAAGAAAUACUUUCUUGCAUCUCUGGAGCGAGCCAAGGCUGAAGGAGAACAUGACGAGCAUUACUACAACGCCAUUUCUGUCACCACCUCCUACAAUCUGGCCCGUCUGUACGAGGCGAUGUGCGAAUUCCACGAAGCUGAGAAACUCUACAAAAACAUCCUGAGGGAGCAUCCUAACUAUGUGGACUGUUAUCUGCGUCUCGGGGCGAUGGCUCGUGACAAAGGAAACUUCUAUGAAGCUUCUGAUUGGUUCAAAGAGGCUCUGCAGAUCAACCAGGAUCACCCAGAUGCCUGGUCCCUGAUAGGGAACCUCCACUUGGCCAAACAGGAAUGGGGUCCGGGUCAGAAGAAGUUUGAGCGUAUUCUGAAGCAGCCGUCCACACAGAACGACACGUACUCCAUGCUGGCUCUGGGCAACGUGUGGCUGCAGACUCUGCACCAGCCAACCAGAGAUAGAGAAAAGGAAAAGAGACACCAGGACCGAGCCCUGGCAAUUUACAAACAAGUGCUGCGAAAUGACUCCAAGAACCUCUACGCUGCAAAUGGCAUCGGUGCCGUCCUGGCCCACAAGGGUUUCUACAGAGAGGCUCGAGAUGUGUUCGCGCAGGUGAGGGAGGCCACAGCAGACAUCAGUGAUGUCUGGUUGAAUCUGGCUCACAUCUACGUGGAGCAGAAGCAGUACAUCAGCGCUGUGCAGAUGUAUGAGAACUGCCUGAAGAAAUUUUAUAAAUAUCAGAACACAGAGGUGCUGCUGUACCUUGCGAGGGCGCUCUUCAAAUGUGGGAAACUCCAAGAGUGCAAGCAAAUGCUGCUAAAGGCCCGUCACGUAGCCCCCAGUGACACAGUGCUGAUGUUCAACGUGGCUCUGGUGCUUCAGAGACUGGCCACUCUUGUGCUGAAAGAUGAGAAGAGCAACCUGAAGGCUGUGCUCAGUGCCGUCAAAGAGCUUGAGCUGGCUCACAGGUACUUCAGCUACCUCAGCAAGGCCGGGGACAAGAUGAGGUUUGACCUUGCUCUUGCGGCUUCUGAGGCCAGGCAGUGCUCUGACCUGCUGAGUCAGGCACAGUACCAUGUGGCGAGAGCCAGAAAGCAGGAUGAGGAGGAGAAGGAGCUCCGGGCCAAACAAGAACAAGAGAGGGAUAUAUUGCGUCAGCAGAUGAUGAAAGAACAGGAGGAAAAGAGGAGCAGAGAGGUGGAGGAACAAAAGAAGCUCCUGGAGCAGAGAGCUUUGUUCGUGGAGAAGACCAAGAACCUGCUCACCUUCGCUGAGGGAUCCAAGGAAAUGGCCAAAGAGAAGAAAAAAGGAGGCGGAGGAGGGGGACGUCGUAAGAAAGGAGGCGACGGGGACGACUUUGUCAACGACGACUCUGACGAGGACCUGCCAGUCAGGAAGAAGAAGAGGAGGAAGGGUGGCAGUGGCAGUGAGCAGGAGGAGGGAGGCAAGAAGAGGAGGAGGCCUGCUAGAGGAGGAGAUGACAGCGAUGACGAGGAAGGAGGAUCUCGACCCAAGAAGCAGCGCAAACCCAAAGAGCGCAAGAAGUUUGAAAAGCCUCAGCCUGAGCGUCUGCCACCAUCUCUCAAAGGAAAGAUCAAGUCGAAGGCCAUCAUCUCUUCCUCUGACUCCUCUUCAGAUGAGGAUGGACUGAAAAUAGCUGAAGACAGGCAACAGAGAGACAGUGGUUCAGGAUCUGAUGACGAGGGCGGCCACAAGAAGCGCAUUGCAUCCGACAGCGACUCAGAUGGUGGAAGGAACCAGUCGGGCAGUGACGCAGGCAGCCCGCGACGCUCUGCAGGCUCAGGGGGGGACGACUCUGGCAGCGACCGUCCAGUGAGGAAGAGGAGGGUGCAGCGGCAGUCCGACUCGGAGCAGUCAGACAACGGGAGCAAAAGGGGUCGGUCAGGAUCAGACAACGAGUCCCCUCCAGGUUCGCCUGCAGCAGCUUCUGACCGAGGAUCAGAGCGGGGAUCUGAUGCCGGCUCCCCACGCCCUCAGAGCGGCUCUGAACCUGAAGCCUCCAACAAUGAUGACAGUGAUUAAAUCUUGAACCCUCCCUCACAGACUUCUUAACCGUACAAUUCAAAGAUAAUCUUCACAUCUGCAUUUUUGUUGUUUUCUAUUAAAAGCAGGGAUUUCUGUCUGUAUGAGCUCUUGGAAUUAGCCUAGAAGGUGUAUGUCCUCUGGCACAGCGUUAAAGCCUUUCCUCAUGUCUUACCAGAGAUGUCUUUUCACAGAUGCUAUGUUUUGUUAGAGACACAUGAGAUAGUUUGAAGUGGAAUAAAAUGUGAACUCAACUUUUUAGUUUUUUUUUUUUAUCUCUGAUGAUCAGAAAAGACACUGACCCAAAAAAUGGUAAGAUCCUUCAACAUGUCAAAUAAAAAAAGAAACAAGGAAUUUUAUUUUUUUUAAUCAAACAAUGAGGCAAAUGAAAAAUACUGUUUGCUACUAAUGUGAGUCUGUUCAUUCUUGUGUUAUGACCUUACUUAACCUAAAAUGUGACAGAAUAAGCUCCAGAAAAGGAAACUGUUUUAAGAUGAAAAUGUGCUGUAUAAUAAUUCAAACGCAUAUGGUAUAUCAUGUUUAUUAACUAUAACGUGAAGAUUAGGUCUGAGCUGAAUCAUGACCCUCAAGUUAGAUAAAUACGGAUUUAAUGUACAACAAAAUGAUUUUACCGAUCAGUUAUUUGCCUUGCUGUGAAUACAAAUAUGGAUUUUUUAUAUUUAUAGUAGUCUGUGAAAUGAGGGGACAAGACACAAAGCUUGCUUUCUCUCCAUCCAAUAUGUUAAUCACGAGUUUGAUUUGAGAGUAGCUGGAUGCCCAUGUUUGGAGCUGAGUAGCUUUCAACUCAUGUCUGUAUUGAAACCCAUCUGACUGACUUCUAAUUUAAUAGGACCAUGUGAAGAGCUUAUUUGCAAAGCAGUAAACUGUUUUAAAAAAAGUCAAAAAAACUUUUAUUUCAGGUAAUGUCACUCAGACUGAAGUUGUGUGGCUUUAACCAAGUUCCCCAUACUGUGUUGGGUUUUUGCACCAGAGCACAUUUUGGAUCACAAAACCUUCUCUAUUUUAAAGUGCUAAUAAAAACUUUCAGGGCAUUGUUUUUCAGAAUGGCUUUUAUCUGUUUUUGCAAAUUAAGUCAAAGUGUAUAAUGUGGUCUGGGUACUGUUUGUAACAUUUCAUAAACUAAAAGCUUCUUAGAAAUUCAGCCUAUGUAAUCUACCCCUAUAUGUGUCUAAACUACUUAGUUUUGAAUUGCAUAAAGAGUCAACGUUAUAUAUUCAGAGGAAGAGAUGCACAAGACAAUGAAAUGAACCGUUAAACUUUAUUUAAGUUUGCUCUGUAGUUGUACACUGGACUUUCUGCACUUUAAUAUGACCGUGACGCUCCGAGAUAAGGUUUAGGUGUACACAUACAGUGCAUUCUGUAUAAUUUCAUGAAGAUAAUAAAAAGACCAUUUAAAAACUUGACAAAUAUGGUAAACAGACAUAAAAUCUCCACACGAGGUGGUGAAUAACUGUAGCACAGGAAACUAAGCUUUGGCUGUCUCAAAGUUUUAACCGAGACAUUCAAGUAUAGUCCGAGAUACAUUAGAGGUAUAUCCAUAUGAAUUGAUAAAUUAAAAAAAGGCCACACAGAUACACUCCUAACAGCACAAAGUUUCUACAUAAAAAAAGCUCUCGAUUCUUUUAACAAAAUGCAGGUAACUGAAAUCACACUGCAAAUCAAAACAGGCCAUUAUUGUUAGACAUCUUCAAAUCCAGGUUAUGAAUAUUCAAACAAGGUCUGCUUUUAAACACAAGAAAACUGCAAUUUAGGAUUGUUCCAACUAAUCAAGAAAAGUGUGUCUUACUAUUGCAACGACUCAUGAUGUUGAGCAAAGUGCAUCUAAUAGCUGAUAAACAAAUGCAGAUAAAAAUACGAGACAAGGCUCUUUGCAAUGUGUGUUUUUUUUUUUCUUCUCUUUUGUAAACAGUUUCAGUUAAUGGCAGCACUUUGUGACUCCUACCAGAUGUAAAAGGUGACACGAUGGUUUAGGUGCUGGUACAGGUUCCUGCACCAUACUGCCUACUGUUAAAGAAAACAUAACCCAAGAUGAUCGAAAUGAAUAAAACACCAGUUUUAGAGAAUCAUAUAUGAAAAUUAGAAAGUAAAGCAUUAAUACGAUAGGAUGGUGAUGCUGGCUAAACUGUUCAGAGUGGAAUCAAUUGUAACAGUGGUUUCAAUUUGUUAUAAACAACAAGGGAAUUUUCUUUCAAGGACUGGGGAGAGCAAAAGGAGACAAAGAAAAUUACAGAGUAAAAAAUAAAUCAUUGCAUCCUGAUAUCACAUGGCUUAGGCCUGUUCCUCAGUAAUCUUCGCCAUCUGACUCCUCCUCUUCUGCCGUCUCCAGCCAGGUCAGCCAUUGGUUCACCUG